AUGGCUUCUCAAGAGAUAUCUGCAGAGUUUCCUUUCACCAAACAACGUGUGCCUAUCCUUGAUUCGACGAUGGCGUACAUUGACACCGGGGCGCCAAAUCCCACCUCACCGGCCGUAGUCUUCGUACACGGCAACCCAACCUCGUCUUACAUCUGGCGCAAUGUCAUUCCACAUCUUUCACCGAUCGCAAGAUGCAUUGCGCCAGACCUCAUAGGGUUUGGCGAUUCAGGCAAGAUGCCUUCAAACUCGUAUUAUGUCCGCGACCACAUCCAGUAUUUCGAUGCGUUCAUGGACAAGAUCAUCGACAAUGAUGGCAAGGAGAAGUUGUUCUUGGUGGUCCACGACUGGGGCAGUGCCCUCGGAUUGCACUGGGCGAGCCGGAAUGAGGAGAAAGUGGCUGGACUAAUCUUCAUGGAGUUCAUCCUCCCGGGGAUGAAGCUGGACGAUCUGCAGGACGGACGGCAAAUAUUCCACGACUUCCGCACGGAGGGGAUUGGCCGCAAGCUCAUCGUCGAGGGAAACGUCUUCAUCGAGCUCGUCCUCGCCAAGGUCGGCGUCAGACGAGGCCUGACGGAGGCAGAGCUGGCGCAUUACAGGGCCCCGUUCCUCGACCCGAAGGCUCGUGAGCCGAUAUACCGCUUCCCGAACGAGCUUCCCUUCGACGGUCACCCCGCGGACGUGGCUGAGCUUGUGCAGGCGUAUUUCACGUGGUUGACCGCCACACCCGUGCCGAAGUUGAUGUUCUGGGGCACUCCCGGUGCCAUUGUUUCGGUCGAAAGGGCCAAGGUGCUGGCUGAUCAGAUGAAGAAUGUCAAGAGUGUUGGAGUCGGCCCUGGAAACCACUAUCUACAGGAGGAUAAUCCGCACCUGAUUGGGAGAGAGACGAAGGAAUUUGUCGAGCAGGUUUGGAGGAGAAAGGAGUAA